AUGUUCCGCAGUUUGACGAAAGUUCGUAGUUUGAUUAAUGCUCAACAGCUCAGAUUUCUCAAUCUACAAGAAUAUCAAAGUAAACAAAUUUUGGAAAAGCACGGAUGCAGUGUUCAGAAAUUCAUCGUCUCGUCGAACAAGACCGAUGCAGCUAACAAGUUGGCUGAUUUCGGUGAUAUUGAGUUUGUUGUGAAAGCCCAAAUUCUGGCCGGUGGUCGGGGUAAGGGGAGAUUCAUCGACGGCAAGGAAGGUCUGAGCGGAGUGUUCAUUACUUAUGACCGUAAUGAAGCCUUAGAGGUAAUUCCUGAAAUGAUUGGCAAGCACCUUGUCACGAAGCAGACACCUCAAGGUGGAGUAUUAGUCGAAAAGGUGAUGGUCGCUGAAGGUGUUACUAUCAAGCGUGAAACAUAUUUGGCAGUUUUGAUGGAUAGAGAAUCAAAUGGACCUGUCGUUGUUGCUAGUCCUGCUGGAGGAAUGGAUAUUGAACACGUUGCGGAAGCCACACCUCAUUUAAUCUUCAAAGAGCCUGUUGACAUUGCGAUCGGAAUGACCAAGAGUAAAGCUGAGAAGAUUGCCAAGAAUUUGGGAUUUGAGGGAGACCUCGUAAAUAAGGCUGCUCAAGAAAUCACGAGACUUUAUAAUUUGUUCAUAGCUGUUGAUGCAACUCAAGUUGAAAUCAAUCCUUUUGUUGAAACUUUUGAUGGAAAUGUCUACUGUGUAGACGCCAAAAUGAACUUCGAUGAUAGUGCUGCCUAUAGACAGAAGGAGAUUUUUGCCAUGGAAGAUACUUCCGAACAAGAUGCUCGCGAAGUUGAGGCUCACAAACACAAAUUAAACUACAUUGGAAUGGAUGGCAACAUAGCCUGUUUAGUAAACGGUGCUGGAUUAGCUAUGGCCACUAUGGACGAAAUCAAACUGAAAGGAGGAGAACCUGCUAACUUUUUGGACGUAGGAGGGGCUGUAACCGAAGAACAAGUCUAUCAAGCAGUGAAGAUUAUCACUGGAGAUAAUAAGGUGAAAUGUGUUUUGGUCAAUAUUUUCGGAGGAAUCGUGAACUGUGCUACGAUUGCCAAUGGAGUUGUAGAGGCUUGCAAAAAGAUCAAAUUGGACAUUCCAUUAGUUGUAAGAUUGGAAGGAACAAAUGUUGGAGAAGCUAAGAAAAUUAUGGAACAGUCUGGACUAUCAAUAAUCACAGCAUCCAACUUAUCAGAAGCAGCGGAAAAAGCUGUCAAAUCCAUUCAUUAG